UAUUUAAGAGAUGCUGAGACUGAGGGUUAUCACAGUCAGUCAUGGGUCGUCCUGGAAUUCAGCUGCAGACAUGGACACUGUGUGUCCUCUUGAGCUGGAUGUGUGUGGGUUUAAUAGAGGCAAGACCGCAGUAUAUGGUCACCAUUCCUGCGGUUAUGGAAGCUGGAGCUGAGACCAGAUUCUGUGCGAGUCUCCUGCAGCCAACCGAGAAUGUGGUCAUGACUGUCACUCUGAUGUCCGAUGUGAAGAACACAACUCUCCUCAUGAAGUCAACCGACACAGACCUCCAUGAAUGCAUUACAUUUACGACUCCUACAGUGCAGAAUACAGAGGUGCAGACAUUGGAGGUGGAGGUACGAGGCAACAGAUAUCACUCAAGAGAAGUCAGGAAAGUCAUGUUCAAAGCCUAUCGACCAAUGACAUUCAUCCAAACAGAUAAACCAAUCUACCUUCCUGGACAAACAGUCAGUUUCAGAGUCCUUUCAAUGGAUACCAAGUUCAGACCUGUCAGUAGUGUGUACAAUAUCAUUGAAAUUGAGGAUCCUCAGAGUAACCGGAUAGGACAGUGGCAGAAUGAAACAUCCAAUAGUAAAAUACUACAGUUUUCUUACUCCUUGAACUCUGAGGCCCGUGAAGGAAUCUACCAAGUUAUUGUGACGUCUGGUGAAGACAAAUUCUACCACAGCUUCAAAGUCGAGAAAUAUGUUUUGCCUAAAUUUGAUGUAAAAUUGAAAGCAUCUGAUGAAGUAAGUAUUGAGCAGGAAGACAUCACAGUUGAUGUAUGUGCAAAGUACACAUUUGGACAGCCUGUGCCAGGAAGUGUUAAAUUUGAGAUGUGCAGACCUUUGAGUCACUAUAUUGUACGAACUUAUACAAUGACCCCUGAUGGGGGAGUCCUAGACAUAGUUACUCCCUGCCACAAGGAGACAAAGCAGAUGGAUAAGAAAGGCUGUGCCACUUUGACCAUCAAAAUGUCCACUUUCACAAAAAUUGACCAAAAGGCAGUGCAAGAUGCUUUGGAUAUCACAGCCCAAGUGGAGGAGGAGGGGACCGGUAUUUCACACCAACAAGGGAAAAGAACAAUUAUUUCCUAUGUUGUUGGAAAGCUGUCAUUUAUUGACACACCCAAGAUUUAUGAGGAAGGAUCAACUGUGGAAGGAAAAGUUAAAGCAGUAUACUAUAAUGAUACACCCAUUGCUGACAAGCCACUCUACUUGCUUGAGGGACAAAGUUGGUCACGACAACAGCUACAGAAUCUCACAACUGACAGCAAUGGUAUCGCUACUUUCUCAUUCAGCACAGCUACCUUCCAAGGGGACAUCCGCCUCACUAUCAGCACCGAACCAACACAGGGGUACUCUCUGUAUAAAACUCCAUACAAUGAGGCUGGAGAACACACAUUGUCUUUGAUGCAACAGUCAUCCCCUGAUACAAAGUCAGUCAGCUUCCUGGAGGUGAAGACAAAGGAUGGACCGCUUACCUGCGAGUCAGAAGAGGACAUCUCCAUUAAAUACACUGUUGCUGGAGAGGCUCAGGGUUCUGCAGAUUUGAUGUAUCUGGUCUUAUCCAGAGGAGCCAUUUUAAUGCUGGGCUCUAAACAGAUUCAAGUAGAAGAUAAACCAGUGACUGAGGGUGAGGUGUCCUUUAAGUUGAAAGUGUCUCCAGAGAUGGCACCAGGGAUUGUUGUUGUGGCUUAUGCUAUCCUCCCCAGUGAGAAUGUGAUGGCCCACAGUGCAGACUUAUCCACUGAGAAAUGCUUCGGUCACAAGGUAUUGCUGGAGUUUUCUCAAUCUUCAGCUGUCCCAGGAGAGGAGAGCACCAUGCAGUUGACGGCUCAGCCUGGUUCUCUGUGUGGUGUUAGCGCUGUCGACCAGAGCGUCCACAUCAAGGAGCCAGGGAAGACUGUGAAUGCAGACAAGAUUUUUGGCUUAUUGCCUGUCACAAAAGCGUCCCAUAUUCCAUAUGAAGUUAGGGAUUCCGUAUCAUGCAUGCAUGUGAGACCCAGAAGAUAUGUUUUGCCCAGACGUGACGGGACAGAUGAUGCUUAUACAGUUUUCCAGAAUAAUGGGCUGAAGAUGGCAACAAAUUUAUUUAUCAGAGUGCCUACAUGCCUCCAGUAUAAAGGAAGAGAAUACCACUACAGCCAAUAUGGUGUUAGAGGCGGUUGGAAUUAUUCUCCACCUAUGUUAUCCAGAAUGGAUGUUGGUUUGGGAGGGGCAGGUCCAGGUGAUUCAGGCGGCGGUCUUUCUCCUCCACCAAUAGUGACAGUCCGCUCUUUCUUCCCUGAGACUUGGAUAUGGGACCUGGUGGAAAUUGGAGAGUCUGGAACAAAGGAUGUUCCAGUCACUGCCCCAGACACCAUCACCACCUGGGAGACGGAGGCUUUCUGUUUGUCCCCUCAUGGUUUUGGCUUGGCUCCAAGUAAAGAGUUCACCGUCUUCCAGCCCUUCUUCAUCGAGCUCAGCUUGCCCUACUCAGUCAUCCGGGGGGAGCAAUUUGAACUAAAGGCAACCGUUUUCAGCUACCAGUCCAACUGCAUGAUGGUAACUGUGACUCCAGACCCCUCCUUAGAUGAAAACCUCACUCCCCUCUCUGGUAACCAGCACACAUCCUGUCUGUGUAACAAUGGAAGAAAAACUGUCACCUGGACCAUGGUCCCUGCGUCCUUAGGGGUUAUGAACGUGACUGUGAGCGCUGAGGCUGUGGCUUCUCAGGUUUCAUGUGACAAUGAGAUUGUGAGCGUUCCAGACAGAGGUCGCAUCGACGUGGUAACACGACAACUCAUUGUAAAGGCUGAGGGAACUGAGAUGACAAAGACCCACAACUGGCUGCUCUGCCCUAAAGAGGAGACAUUGACAGCGGAUAUAGUUUUAAAACUCCCUGAGAACGUGAUUGAUGGAUCUGCCCGUGCCUCAAUAUCAGUCCUGGGUGACAUCCUGGGUCGGGCCUUGAAGAACCUGGAUGGACUUCUGCAGAUGCCGUAUGGAUGUGGGGAACAGAACAUGGCUCUCCUGGCUCCCAACAUCUACAUCCUCCAGUACCUGAAAAACACAGAUCAGCUGACCCUGGCCAUCAAGGAAAAGGCUACCAAUUUCCUGACAAGUGGCUACCAGAGACAGUUGAACUACAAACAUGAAAAUGGAGCUUACAGCACAUUUGGAGCAGGACGGGGGAACACUUGGUUGACUGCUUUUGUGCUGAGAUCCUUUGCCAAAGCACAGUCUUUCGUCUACAUUGACCCAGAAAAGGUUAAACAGACUAAGAGGUGGCUGGAGACUAUUCAACGCAAUAAUGGCUGUUUUGAACAGUUAGGAAGACUCUUCAAUAACAGAAUGAAGGGUGGUGUGUCUGAUGAAGUCACUCUCACUGCUUACGUCACUGCUACCUUCUUGGAGAUGGGCAUGGCCAAAGAUGAUGCUGUUGUGAAUAAGAGCCUGUCUUGCCUCAAGGAGUCCGCCAGUGAACUGGAUAACACCUACACUACAGCUCUGCUGGCGUACGUCUUCACCUUGGCUGGAGACAUGGAGACCCGUGCUCAACUUCUGGAGCACCUAGACAAGGUUUCAUUAAAAGACGGGGGUUUCCUCCACUGGUCUCAGUCAACAACAGAAUCAUCAGCCUCUCUGUCUGUGGAGAUCAGCUCCUAUGUGAUGCUGGCUAAACUCAGUGCCUCCCCUACUACUGAAGACCUGGGGUAUACCAGCCGCAUCGUCAGAUGGCUGACAGGGCAGCAGAACCAUUACGGAGGCUUCUCAUCUACACAGGACACAGUGGUGGCUCUUCAAGCUCUGGCUCUCUACUCCACUCUGGUGUUCAGUCCAGAGGGUUCGAGCACAGUGACAGUCCAGUCUCCCAGUGACCAGAUGACAUUUGAUGUGAACCAGCACAACAAACUGCUCUACCAGGAGAAGACACUGCAGGAUGUGACAGGAAAGUACAGUCUGGAGGUGAAAGGAACUACAUGUGCUGUAAUGCAGAUCUCUCUUCAUUAUAAUAUCCCAACUCCUACUGAUGUUACUACUCUGAUUGUUGAGGUAAUACCAGAGGCCAGCUGCUCCAGCAGGCCUACCAGACCUAAAUUCACUCUGAAGCUAAAAUCACUCUAUAGGGGAGACCAGUUAUCGACAAACAUGUUGAUCCUGGACAUCAAAAUGCUCUCUGGAUUUGUCCCAAAUCCAGAGUCUUUGAAGGAGCUCAAAGGUGCUCUGCUGGUGGAUAAUGUUGAACAAAAGGAAGAUCAUGUUCUUGUGUACAUACGAGAGUUACCAAAGAUGAUCCUCAACCACAGAUUAGAGCUCAUUCAGGAGAUCCCAGUGCAGAACCUGAAGCCAGCCGUGAUCAAGAUCUAUGACUACUACCAGCCAAGUGACCAGGCUGAGACAGAAUACACCUACCCCUGUGCUUGAGCAUGAAAAAUGAAGGGUGGUCAGUCCUUGAGUCAUCACUGGUUUCAGUACAAUUUCAAAUGACUUGCAUUUUAUAAUGAUACAGUCUGUGUACGUUGUGUAACUCAAUUUCGAAACAAAAAUGAACACUUGUUUUGCUUGUCACUAUUUUGUCACAAACCCUUCAAGUGAUGUAACUCCUCUAUAUGUCUGAAGUGAAAUCCAUACACAAUUUACAAUAAAAUGUCAUUGGAAUGUCCCAUUCAAAACA